CGCACGCCAUGGCUCGCUGGUUCCCGACCAAAAGACAGAAAUACGGAGUCGCAAUCUACAAUUACAAUGCAUCCCAAGACGUGGAGCUGUCUUUGCAGAUUGGAGACACAGUCCACAUUCUGGAGAUGUAUGAAGGUUGGUUCAGAGGAUACACGCUGAGGAAUAAGGCUAAAAAGGGGAUUUUCCCUGAAACAUACAUCCAUUUGAAGGAGGCGACCGUGGAGGAUCGAGGGCAACAUGAGACCGUGAUUCCCAGUGAGGCGCCCUUGGUGCAGGAACUCACAUCUACCCUUCGAGAAUGGGCAGUCAUCUGGCACAAACUCUACGUGAACAACAAGGUUACCCUCUUCCGCCAGCUGCAGCAAAUGACCUACAGCCUGAUUGAGUGGAGGUCUCAGAUCCUGUCAGGGACCCUCCCCAAGGAUGAGCUGGCUGAGCUCAAGAAGAAGGUCACAGCCAAGAUCGAUCACGGCAACAGGAUGCUUGGACUUGACCUCGUGGUACGAGAUGACAAUGGAAACAUUUUGGAUCCCGAUGAGACCAGCACGAUUGCCCUGUUCAGGGCCCAUGAAGUAGCCUCCCAGAGGAUUGAAGAAAGGAUCCAAGAAGAGAAGUCCAUCCUACAGAAUCUGGACUUGCGGGGCCAGUCAAUCUUCAACACGAUGCACACCUACUGUCUCUAUGUCAACUUCAAGAACUUUGUCUGCAAUAUUGGGGAGGACGCUGAGCUGCUCAUGGCCCUCUACGACCCUGAUCAGUCCAGAUUUAUCAGUGAGAACUACCUGAUCCGCUGGGGCAGCAAUGGGAUGCCGAAGGAGAUUGAGAAGCUCAAUAAUCUCCAGGCUGUCUUCACUGAUCUCAGCAGCACUGACCUCAUCCGGCCCAAGAUCAGCCUCGUGUGCCAGAUUGUGCGCGUGGGCCACAUGGAGCUCAAGGAGGGAAAGAAGCACACCUGUGGCCUCCGCAGGCCUUUUGGGGUGGCAGUGAUGGAUAUUACCGAUAUCAUACACGGGAAGGUUGACGAUGAAGAAAAGCAGCAUUUCAUUCCCUUUCAACAGAUUGCUAUGGAAACCUAUAUCCGACAGAGGCAACUUAUCAUGUCACCCCUGAUAACCUCCCAUGUGAUCGGGGAGAAUGAGCCCCUCACGUCGGUCCUAAAUAAAGUGAUUGCAGCCAAGGAAGUGAAUCAUAAAGGACAAGGUCUUUGGGUUUCCCUGAAGCUACUCCCUGGUGACCUCACACAAGUGCAGAAAGAUUUCUCACACUUAGUUGACAGGACCACGGCUAUAGCCCGAAAAAUGGGUUUCCCUGAAAUCAUUCUUCCAGGUGAUGUUAGGAAUGACAUCUAUGUCACCCUGAUCCAUGGCGAGUUUGACAAAGGGAAAAAGAAGACACCAAAGAAUGUCGAGGUGACCAUGUGUGUGUAUGAUGAGGAUGGCACAUUGCUUGAGAAAGCUAUCCAUCCAGGUGCUGGCUAUGAAGGUAUUUCAGAAUACAAGUCUGUUGUCUAUUAUCAAGUCAAACAGCCCUGCUGGUAUGAAACAGUCAAGGUAUCCAUCGCAAUUGAAGAGGUCACCCGUUGUCAUCUAAGAUUUACUUUCCGGCACAGGUCAUCGCAGGAAUCCAGAGAUAAAUCUGAAAGAGCUUUUGGGGUGGCCUUUGUAAAGCUGAUGAACCCAGACGGAACUACAUUGCAGGAUGGGAGGCAUAACCUGGUAGUGUAUAAGGGGGAUAAUAAGAAAAUGGAAGAUGCUAAAUUCUACCUGACCCUGCCCAGCACAAAGAUAGAGAUGGAAGACAAGGAUUUCUCCCCAGGCAAAAACACACACUUGGCCAACUUCACCCCAACCAAGGAUAGCACCAAGGACAGCUUCCAAAUCGCCACCCUCAUUUGCUCCACAAAACUGACCCAGAAUGUUGACCUGUUGGGGUUGUUAAAUUGGCGUUCCAAUUCCCAGAACAUAAAACACAACUUAAAGAAGCUAAUGGAGGUGGAUGGGGGAGAAAUUGUAAAGUUCCUACAAGAUACUCUUGAUGCACUUUUUAACAUAAUGAUGGAGAUGUCCGACAACGAAGCCUAUGAUUUCCUUGUAUUUGAUGCACUGGUAUUUAUUAUCUCGCUGAUAGGAGACAUAAAGUUCCAGCAUUUUAAUCCGGUACUUGAAACCUACAUUUACAAACACUUCAGUGCCACCUUGGCAUAUGUGAAACUCACCAAAGUACUGAACCAUUAUGUGGGGAACGCUGAGGACUCCAGCAAGACAGAUUUGCUUUUUGCUGCCUUAAAAGCCUUGAAGUACCUCUUCAGAUUUAUUGUCCAGUCCCGUGUCCUGUACCUGAGAUUUUAUGGUCAAAGUGAAGAUGGGGAUGAAUUUAACAAUGCAAUUCGCAAGCUAUUUCUCUCCUUUAAUAACCUAAUGGACAGACCCUUGGAGGAGGCUGUUAAGAUCAAGGGCGCAGCUCUGAAGUACCUUCCCAAUAUAAUUAAUGAUGUCAAGAUGGUGUUUGAUCCUGUUGAACUCAGCAUCCUCUUCAGCAAAUUUAUUCAAAGCAUUCCUGAUAACCAACUGGUCCGCCAGAAGCUGAACUGCAUGACCAAGAUAGUGGAAAGUAACCUUUUCCACCAGACGGAGUGCAGAGAUGCUCUGCUGCCCCUGCUCAUUGACCAGCUCAGCGGCCAGCUCGAUGACAAGUCCAACAAGCCCGACCAUGAGGCAAGCUCACAGCUCCUCAGCAACAUCCUGGAAGUGCUGGACAGGAAGGAUGUGGGCCCCACCUCGACGCACAUCCAGCUGAUCAUGGAGCGUCUCUUAAGGAGAAUCAACCGGACCGUGAUUGGGAUGAGCCGGCAGUCUCCCCACAUUGGCAGCUUUGUCGCUUGCAUGACCGCCAUCCUCCGGCAGAUGGACGAUUUCCACUAUAACCACUAUAUCAGCACUUUCAAGACCAGGCAGGAUAUCAUUGACUUCCUGAUGGAAACCUUCAUCAUGUUCAAGGAUCUCAUUGGGAAGAACGUGUAUCCCCCGGACUGGAUGGUUAUGAAUAUGAUGCAGAACAGGGUUUUUCUCCGGUCUAUAAACCUAUUUGCUGAAGUUCUCACGAAGUUCUUCAUGGACCAGGCAAGCUUUGAACUCCAGCUUUGGAAUAAUUAUUUCCACUUGGCCGUUGCAUUCCUCACCCACGAAUCCCUUCAGCUGGAAACCUUCUCUCAAGCCAAGCGCACCAAAAUGGUCAAGAAAUACGGGGAUAUGAGAAAGGAAAUCGGCUUUAGAAUCCGAGACAUGUGGUACAACUUGGGGCCCCACAAGAUCAAGUUCAUCCCCUCCAUGGUGGGUCCCAUCUUGGAGGUGACCUUGACCCCGGAGGCAGAGCUCCGGAAGGCCACAAUCCCCAUCUUCUUUGACAUGAUGCAGUGUGAGUUCAAUUUCAGUGGAAAUCACAACUUCCAGAUGUUUGAGAACGAGCUGAUCACAAAGUUAGACCAGGAGGUGGAAGGUGGCCGAGGUGACGAACAGUACAAAGUCCUGCUGGAGAAGCUACUCCUAGAACACUGCCGCAAACACAAAUACCUGGCCAGCUCUGGAGAAGUCUUUGCCCUCCUGGUCAGCAGCCUCUUGGAAAACCUGCUGGAUUACAGGACCAUCAUGCAUGAUGAAAGCAGAGAGAAUCGCAUGAGCUGUACUGUCAAUGUUUUGAAUUUCUAUAAGGAAAAGAAGAGAGAGGACAUUUACAUAAGGUACUUGUACAAGCUUCGGGACCUGCAUCGGGAUUGUGAGAACUACACGGAGGCCGCCAACACCCUCCUGCUGCACGCGGAGCUCCUCCAGUGGUCAGACAAGCCCUGUGUGCCCCACUUGCUCCAGAGGGACAGCUACCAUGUGUAUUCCCAACUGGAGCUCAAAGAGAAGUUGUACCAAGAAAUCAUCUCGUACUUCGACAAGGGCAAAAUGUGGGAGAAAGCCAUCAAACUCAGCAAGGAGUUGGCCGAGACCUACGAGAGCAAAGUGUUUGACUACGAGGGGCUUGGCAACCUCCUGAAAAAACGGGCCUCGUUUUAUGAGAACAUCAUUAAAGCAAUGAGGCCCCAGCCAGAGUACUUUGCUGUCGGUUACUACGGACAAGGCUUCCCGUCGUUUCUUCGGAACAAAAUCUUCAUCUAUCGAGGAAAGGAGUAUGAGCGGAGGGAAGACUUCAACCUGAAGCUGCUGACUCAGUUUCCCAAUGCAGAGAAGAUGACCAGUACAACUCCUCCAGGAGAGGAAAUCAAAUCAUCUCCCAAACAGUAUAUGCAGUGCUUCACAGUGAAGCCGGUGAUGAACCUGCCUCCAAAUUACAAGGACAAGCCCGUGCCAGAGCAGAUCUUGAACUACUACAGGGCCAAUGAGGUUCAGCAGUUCCAACAUUCCCGGCCCUUUCGGAAAGGAGAAAAGGAUCCGGACAAUGAGUUCGCGACCAUGUGGAUCGAGAGGACCACCUAUACCACCGCCUACACCUUUCCUGGGAUUCUCAAGUGGUUUGAAGUCAAGCAGGUUACCACGGAAGAAAUCAGCCCCUUGGAGAAUGCCAUUGAGACCAUGGAGCUCACCAAUGAGAAAAUAAGCAAUAGCGUCCAACAGCACGCCUGGGACCGCUCCCUCUCCCUACACCCACUGUCCAUGCUACUCAACGGCAUCGUAGACCCUGCUGUCAUGGGCGGAUAUUCCAACUAUGAAAAGGCUUUUUUCACGGAGAAGUACCAGCAGGAGCACCCAGAGGACCAGGAGAAGAUUGAGCUCCUCAAACGCCUGAUUGCCUUACAGAUGCCCCUACUUGGAGAAGGCAUCCGAAUUCAUGGGGAGAAGCUGACAGAGCAGCUGAGGCCCCUGCAUGAUCGGCUGACCACCUGUUUCCGGGAGCUCAGGGAGAAGGUGGAGAAACUCUACGGAGUCAUAACCCUGCCUCCCACCUUGACCGAGAGGAAACAGAGCAGGACGGGGUCGGUGGUGCUGCCCUACAUCAUGUCUUCCACCCUACGGCGACUGUCCGUCACAUCGGUGGCGUCCUCGGUGGUCUCCACGUCUUCCACCUCCUCAGAUAGCACCCCCUCCAGGCCAGGAUCCGAUGGAUCCAUUCUGGAGCCCCUGUUAGAGCGGCGGGCUUCAUCGGGGGCCAAAGUGGAAGACGUGUCCCUCAGAGAAGACAGUGAUAAUCGGAUCAACAAGUUCAAGCGGAAAGACUGGAGCAUUAGCAAAUCUCAGGUCAUCGCAGAGAGAGAGCCGGAAGCUGACCUGCUGAGCCCUGCUAGCAAAGUACAAAGACCCAAGAGUCUCCAGUUAGUGGACAGUCGGCUGACCUUGUUCCAAGGCUCCCCCCUGCCUUCCUCUAUGCCCCUGAACCCGCCUCCGCUGACCCCAAAAACACCCAGGACCCAAAGCUCUCCAACCUUGCAGGUAGAUGGGCUGAUGUCUUCUGGUACAAAGACAGUACCACCCCCACCCCCUCCCAAGAGCAAGCCCUAUGAGACCAGCAGCCAGAGGAACUCAGCGGAGGUUGCACCCCCGCUUCCCGUCCGUCGAGAAGCCAAGGGCCCACCACCGCCACCUCCCAAGGCCCGCAAGUCCGGAGUCCUCUCAUCGGAGCCAGGAUCACAAUAAAGGCCCUGCUCUUCCUCAGUACCUGUCUAGUAUUUCGGGAGCUGCCCACGUGGACAGUCCGUCUCAAGACCCGUCCCCAAAAGGCAAUGGCACCACUGUCCUUGUUUUCCAUCCCCUCUCAUCUGGGAUGACCUUGAACCUGGAUUGAUUCUUUCGAAAGCUUCCCCUAAAGCCGUGUUCCAAGGCCAUCUCACACCUUCUUCACUCACUUGCAGAAUUGCAAAAUUGAUUACAGCCAGUACGUGAUCGUUAAGCACCUACCUUCAGCCCACAGCCAUUUGGGCCUCCAAAGAGUUUCCUGCCAACUAGUUAUCCAGAGUGACCCUUGACUCCUUUCCCUGGCCAUGAGAGGCAUUUCUUGCUUCGCUUCUGAAAAGCAGCACUGGAGUCUGGGUUCCCUUCCUCAUGGACAUACCCCCUCCCAUGUACCUAAACAAUGAGAUAUCCACACAUCAGGGCCAUUUUCUGUAACCAAAGUAACAAUAAUUCAUUAAUAUGUAUGAUGUGCCCUUUGAGAAAAGGGAAUGAGUCCAAGGUAAGGGUGGGUGUACCACCUUUUGGCAAUGAUGUAAAAGGGGGAUACCUGUUCAGGGAGGAUUUGGCUAGAGGGCUGCUGAGAUAUCUCUAAAAUCCCCUAAUUCCGUGAGUUUGUGGGCAGCUUACAAGGAGCCACGUUGAUCAUGGCUGUGAAUUGGAAUGAAAAGAUGGGUGGGGUUUCCCCACUCCAAUAGCCAGAAGAACUCAAAGACUUUUAAAUAGUUGAGAUAAUAUUAAAUUCUGAUUAUACCAAAAGCUAAAAGCAAAGAACUUCUACAUGGAAAACCUUCCAGAUGAUCUGGUUACAUCAAGGAUCUUAUCUGCUCUCCUGGGAGUCUGCAUCCCUUACCUGACUGGUGGCCUUCAGUUCUGGGGAUUCCGUCAAGUUAACAAACAUCUAUUAAACACUUUCUGUGUGCCAGGCAUGGUGCCAAGUACUGGGAAUACAAACACAAUUAGAAAGACUGUCGCCGCCUUCCAGGAGCUUACGUUCUCAUGGGGGAAGACAGCACUUCAAGUAUAGAUGCAGAGGAGAGAGAGCUUGGCCAGAAUGGAGCCUGGAGAGGCAAGUUCCCUCCCUAGGUUCUUUAUUCUAUUGUAACUGCCUCUACUUUCUCACUUGUCACACGACCAGUCACACACAGUCCCAUUGCAUUACCUCCUCUGAGCUGGUGUGAAGUAGACUGUAGAGCCUAGGUGUGGAUGUCACUGCCCCAGUGAGGCCGACUUCAGUCUCCUCCAUCUCACUUUCCAUGGAGUCUGAAUGUCAGUCUCCUCCGUCCCCUUUCUAUGACUCAGUGGCCCAAUCAUGCUUCUAUAUUCGGCAGGACUUUCCUUUUCCACACAUUUGAUUUUGCCUUAUAAGAUCUAUAACAAUUCCCCAAAGUGAGCCCCUUAACUCCUCCAUGGAAUUGAGAAAUUUAUAAGAAACUCCAGAGCCUACCCUAAAAAUGUGUCUAUUUUGGUCUGAGCCUGUGAAGUGGGGAUCUCCUGUCCACACAGAUCCACAACUGCCCUUCAGGAUCAUAGUCGUAGAGGUGCCUGGGGGUACUGAGGGUUAAGUGAUUUGGCCCUGCUCGGUAUGGGUCAGAAGCAGGGCUUGAACCCAUCUUCCUGGCUUUGAGGCCAGGUCUCCAUCCAGUCAGCUGCAUUUCCUCUCUCCCUACAUGUAGCAGGUGGCUCAUAAAUAUUUGGAGGCUCUGACACUUUCUUAGCUGUGUGACCCUGGGCAAGUCACUUUGCACCAAGAACCAUCAUCCAACAAGACCGUUUCCAAUAGGGCUGAGAAGGGGCAUCAGAAGAGGCUCCAUGAAGGGAGUGUACUUAAGUUGGACUUUUUAAGUUGAUGAAGACUAAGUGUGCGUAGAGUGUUUAGAUGGGGAGGUGUCCCGCCCAUUCCGGGUUUUAGCAGAAAAAAUGGAAUGACUUUGAGCCCCCUGGAAUUAUCCCACGUACAUGGGACUCCACCUGAAGUCAUUGCCUUCCCGUGUAAUUGGGUCUUUCUUAGACACAAGAGUUUUUAACCAGAAGUCCAUGCACUUAGAUGGGGGAAAAAAUGAUAAUCAUCAUUUUCACUAAGCUCUAAAAUUUAGCAUUUCCUUCAGUUAUGAAGAUGGGUGACCAAUAUUAUCCUGAGAAGGUGCCCCUAGGCUUCACCACACCGAGAAAGGGGUCCAGGAGAUCAGAAAGGGUAAGAAGCCCUCCUUUAAAAGCAGAAAGAGUCAAGAAAGGGCCUCGGGCACAGAGAUAGUGGAAAAAAUUGGUGAUUUGGUUUUUCCCCCUGCCUUCUUUUAGUAUCAUCAUCCUUCAUUCCCUCUCCCCUACCCCUGAAAGGAAAUGAGCCUGGAUGAGAAAACCAGAAAAGCAAGAAACUGACCCAGUCUCAAGCCCCCACCCCAGGAGACUGGUAUUCGGGGGUGAUAGACAUCAUGAAAAGACCCCUGCACUCGGAGGCCUCUCUUUGCCAUUGUCUUUGUGACCUACCAGAGUCACUGCCCUUCCCAAACCUCAGCUUCCUCACCUGUAAAACAAGGGGGUUGGAUGAGACGCAGACUUUCAGGAGGGCAGAUGGACAAUGCACGGUUGGCAGGAGGGGGUCUGGAGCUCUUGGUAUUCCUUCCAGCCCCCAAAGUCCCCACACUUCAGUCUCUUACUUAAAGGUAGAGAACUGGUCCGUGCAGGAGGCCAAAGAGAAACUUGGACCACAGCCUUGUGAAACAUUGAGGGUGCCCCCAGCUGUCUGGUGGGCUGACUGUGGUGCUCAGAGGACUGAUGGAUCUGUGGCCUUUCUGCCUGCAUUUUAUCUGGAAAUCAAGUGUUUUCCAUAUUAAUGGAAACUAUGUUCUCUAACCCCCCCGCCCCUCUACCACACAUGCUCGCACCACAACCCAUUAAAUGCAUAGAAUUCAGUGAAGAUUGUGGAAAGCAGAAGAGGAUUGUAAAGGAAGAGAGUUAGCUAUGGGACCAUAUAUUCUAAUCAUUAGCAUGGAAUGGAAUUUCUGACAUUAGGUGUCUAUGACAUUGGCAAAAAAAAAAGGGCAGCCCCCAACAAUCACCCCGCUUCACAAGCUGCCAACAUGGUCUGCCAUGUCUAGAACAAUCCAAACACGUCAAUAACCAGGCCCUCCCACACUUUCGUCUGAGAGCUUACAAGGCUUGCCAGUCCAUUCGUCGACUGUCUGGUCAUGCUGUGCUAAUCAGCAUUGGCCGUGCCCGGAUGUAAUUUCCACUCUGUGGUGGAAGCAUGUGUGAGCUCCAGUCAGCAGAAGGGCGAAGAGUGCUUUUCCUUUGCUAUGGUGUGAUGAGCCUGGAGUUCCAAGGCCCACACCGUUCUACCAGGCAACCCUAAUUUUCAAGGUCCUGCCCUGUGAGGGUCGAUUGAAGGAGCUAGGAAAGCUUGGGGAAGAGAAGGUUUGGUGGGGGGAGGGGUGCGAAAGAUGCCUUUCUUCAAGGGUUUACUUGGCUGUUGCAGACAAGAACGAGUAGACUUUUGCUCCUCAGUUCCAGAGGGGAGAACUAGAGCCGUGGAUACAAGUUGUUAAAGGGGUUUUGGGCUCGAUUGAAGGAGAUGUCCUGAAAAUUCAAGCUGUCACCAGUGAAGUGCUCGGGUGGUUGUGGGAUCUCCCUCAUUGGGCAUCAUCAAGCCUUGGUUGGGUGACCAUUUAUCACGUGCACUUGAGUUGUAAUGGGGAGUCCUGUGGGGCAGGGGUUGAAUUAGGGAACUGGGGCCAUCCCCCCAGCUCUGAGAUUCUGUGUGACCACUGGGCGGCUUCCGGAAACCCAUAGCUAGGGAAGAUGCUUUGAGAAGGCUGGAAAUUUUUGCUGAGAUUUGCUGUUAUUUAUUUAUUUUUAAAUUAAACCUGGAAUUGAUUUUCUGAA